GUGUUCCGAUUCUUCACGAAGAACAUCAACAGCAAACCAAGUUCAACGAUCGUUAUUCGGAGAAGAACGACGGCCGACAUAGGAUCAAAAAUACUCCCUGCAUAUACAGUGACACGAUCCAUGACAUGACAUCCUAUUCAUCUUUGCAUAACGGGAGCGCUUCUACUUCCGCAAUUUUGAAUCAAGGUCACUUUUCAUCAUUCAGCGUACCCCAACCUCCAAGGACAGCCAUAUAUCAUCCCCCCAUCUUCGCGUCAUCUUCAUCAUCUUCAAAUCCAACAAAUGGUUCACGACCUUUCAAGGCCCCAGCUCACAAACAUGCACAUCAUCUGCACUCUAUCCCUCCAAGAGAGAAAUCUACCCGAACUCUCAUAAUAGAUCAUAUGUUAUGGGUUCAUGGCCGAACCCGAUUUACCCAGGCCCGUGCUGAGCUUGGAAUGACCGACCGAACAGGAGGUCCUUCUUCGCCUAAUUAUCGUUACCGCGAACGCCCAGAGUCAUAUGAGGAAGAUGACGACGUUUCAAGCGAUGGUGAAAAUGUUGAAAUGCUCAAAGCCAGAGAGGGUGGUCCAAAUCAUCCUCAUAAUGAGGAUGAGGACAAUCGUCGGCAGAAACAGGACUUGACCCUGGCAAGGACUCUAAGACUCCGUGCUAUUGGUCUCGAGAAGGUCGUCACAUCAAUGCUUGACCAGCCUCCUCCUGUGCACCCAAUCCUCGACGACGAUCUGAAUACACCACCCACAUCCCCACAGCGCCCAGAAUCACAACAAUCACCUCAGCGUGGAGCAUCUAACCACCCGCACACUCUUCCGAAUGGUGUUCGUUUACGGUUAGCGUUGGGGACUGUCAUCAAUGAUUUAUUUGCACGCCAAGCACCUACCCCUCCAUAUCGACAUCAUCAUCACCCUCCACCAAUUAUUGUUUCCAAUAAUUCAGAUCAGGCGUCUUCAAAUGGUCGAAGUCCUGGAAGCUCUCCUGCAAUGCAGAAGGCAUCGCCAGUAUCCGGGACGGGCAGUAGUAUGUCCUCUGGGCAAGGAGUCACUGGUCGCAUUCCUCCAUCAGUCGUCCUGCUUUCGCAUGUCUCAGCCGCGGCACUUCCUCAGACAUCUCUUAUACCUAUGGCCGACUUUCGUGCAUCUCCUACAAUGCAAGCACCACAAAUGGUGCAGUCUCAUAACCGAAGGUCAAAGUUCAUGCCCAGUAGCCGUGUAUGCGCCAUGUACAUGCAGGGCGCCGACCCUUCCACUGCCAAUUCACCCCCCGGCUUGCGGUGCCCACGACAUCUUCAUACUGGAUGCGAAAUAUGCGUUGAAGCUAAACACUCUGUCAAAGCACCAGGCGGGUCUGGUCGAGCACGCCCACCAUCUGCUGUAACGAGCGCCAGAAACUUUGGACAAUGGGAAGGAGGAUUAGGCGGGUCGAAUGGAAGUAUGGGUGACAGCGGAGGUGGUAUCGCUGGCUGGCAAGAUGGCCCCGGUGUUGGAUCGGGCUUGGCUCAUCCAGGUGUAGAUGGCAGCGUAUUGCGUCGGAAGUCGAAGUGGUGCAUGACUGAUUCUGAACGGGAACAGUUUGGUGCUGGCGCUGGGAACACUCGGUUGGCAGAGCUCAUUCCACGCUUUUUAAGGCUUUCUGCCCUCGUCGCAACGGAACUCGGAGAAGAGCUUCGCGAUGAUGAAUAUGAAGGCGACUGGCAACGGGGUACAGAGAUGUCUGUUCAAAUGCCAACAUCACCUCUGCCCUCGUCCCGGAGAUCUCAAACCACUGAAGCGCCCUCUGCGCCUCCUUUACGACCUUCGCGAGAAUGGUACAUGCUCCUUGCGGGCUUGCUCUCUCGUGCUACCUUAGAGGGUUAUCUCACCGGAGGAUGGUGGGGUCUGGAGGCUGUCGAAUGCCUUCUAUCAGUUGGCUUGGGCAUCACUGACGAUGGGUUGGGUCAAGUCGAUUCACCAGACGACGAAGACUCUGCAUUUGCAUGGUUUGACCCAGACGACCUGCCUGGUCUCAAAGAAGCGACAAAAAUCAUGUUUCCUGCAUUGCGAGCUACGCGAAACGGCACGCCCAUUCGAAGAGAGGGCGCCGAAGCUGAAUUUGAAGCUGAAAUGGAUGAGCGCCUCAGAAGGUUCUAUGCGAUACCGUCUUUGACGCCGGAUCUAUCUACCCACAUGGAAGAUCUAGCGUGGCACUACCCUGCUGAGCCUGUUGAAAGGGCAGCAUUACGCUUCUGUGAAGCAAUCGCAAAGUGGCGUGGUAAACCUGAACUCGAAACCUACAAAAAGAAACCACCAAAGGAUGUAGGAGCAUCUAGCAUGACCAUCGAAACUCUCGUACAUUCCAAUCCAACGAGUCCUGUGAUGGGAGGGUACUCAGUUCAGCCAUCGAGGUCCCCAAGGCCUGCCAUUGAAAAAUAUUUCAUUGUACCGCCGUCGUACAUAGGAAGGGGCAAGCGCAGGAGAGCGCUCGAUGAAGCCGAAUCAUCUAACAAGAGGGUCCACGGGUGAUGGCACGUCGUGCACGGACUUGUAGCAUUCUAUCCCGUUGACUUCGUACGUUUGCGCGGCAUAGUGAUGAUAUUUAUUUGCAGUUUUGUUGUUUGUACAGUAUAUUGUUAUUCUGUUUGUUAUGCUUCAACUCGUUUACAGUGCGUACAUGAGUUAUUUCACAGCUCCAAUUCAAAUGCCUCUACUCAUCAUCUAUGCUAUGGAUAUUUUCGCGUCU